GGUAAUCUUGCCAAAAGCCCCUUCCCCGACGCCAGGAAUACAUCUUGUGGUGGCACGGUCAGGCUGGAAAUUGAUGAGGAGCAGACGAUUACGUCACCAUCGUAUCCAGAGCCGUACGGUAACUACAUGCAAUGUGAUUGGAUAAUCAGGAUCGUACCAGGACGAUGCAUCGGCAUCUCCUUCAGAGAUUUCGAGCUUGAGACUAAUCAGGACUAUGUGGAGAUUGGAUCUGGCUCCAACGUCGGAACAGAUCUUGUCAAUGGCGGGAAGCUGACCGGACAUUCAUUUCAUCACAAGGCCAUCGUGAUCGAGAACAACGUGGCCUGGAUACGGUUCACGAGUGACCUGGCCAAUGCCCGACGUGGCUUCUCAGCAAUAGUCAGGGGCCAACCCCACAAUGGUUGUGGUGGCACAAUAAACAUCUCUAACGAUGGAUAUAUCGUGGUCGCCUUCCCCCUCUUCCCCGACCUCGGUUACUGGGUUAACCUCAACUGCAUCUGGAAGUUCACGGGAUCUGAGGGCCGCACGCUCUCAGUCAUAUUCAAAGACUUCGCCACUGAGGAGACAUACGACACAGUGAGCGCUGGCUACGGGAGCAGCCCGGCUCGCGAUGGAUCCAACUAUGUGAUCAACAGCGCCAGUGGUAGUGGACUGCCAGAGCCGGCAGGGUUCGAUACCCCUUCCAAUGAAGCUUGGAUCUACUUCCGAUCCGACAGCUUUAUCACCAAUCGCGGUUUCAAAGUAGAAGUAUCAGAUACAUCGAUCAGGCAUUGUGGUGGCGAGGUCGUAGGAGGAUUCUUCACUACCAAGCUGGUGAUUGACUCACCCGGUGGUUCUACGUACAGAAAAUUCCUUGACUGUUUGUGGGAGAUCGAGAUUCCUUUUGGUGGCCAAAUCCGCCUCUUUUUCCCGCAGUUCCUAACCGAGCAAUACCGCGACAUCGUCAUCGUUGGCAACGGAACGGAUACCGAAGACAACGAGAGCAUUUUUAUCACUCACAGCGGCCGAAAGAAGCCUAAAGAAGUCCUAACAUACGCUCAGAAUCUUUGGGUCCGGUUCAUGACAGAUUCCGACUAUGAAUUAUCCGGUUGGACCAUGGUCGUGGAAGCAAUACCCUAUACAAAUUGCAGUGGUCACCUCUCCAUCCCACCCGAAGGCUCCAUCACAAUCGGUUCGCCAAACUUCCCCAACAACUACAACAAUGGAGAGACAUGUUACUAUCAUAUCAUCGGUGCCCCUGGUAAAAGGAUACUGGUCAAUUUUCUGGAGUUUAACACGGAACGAGAUUUCCAAGACGUUAUGAACAUCGGAGACGGAUGCUUCCUGGAGAGCGGGGAUAUCAUUGUCAGAAACCACAGUGGCCAUGGCUUACCAGAUCCUGGUAGAUACUUCUCCCGCAAAAACGCAGUAUGGAUGACUUUCCAAACCAGUGAGUUUAGCGAUGACAAGGGAUGGCUCAUCAACUUUGCCGACGCCGGAACCCCCGUUUAUGACGUUGGCGCUCCCUGCGAGGGGUUCGUGCGUGUGGCUGAGGAACGCGUCAUUGAGGGCAGUGUCCCGUAAAGAUAGGAAGAAACAGAAACUGUUUGCGAUAAACAGGGGUCACUUCAAUCAUAGAGACACAAAUGUCCAUCGGUCGAUGUAUAGAAAAUCAAGGAAGAAACAAAAGCGUUUUGUAAAAACCAGCUACACAUUCUCAUUGGUUUGUAUGAUUCCGUGCAUGGAGAUAUUUUAUUUAGAGGUUCCGACGUACGUAGUUAGUUUUAGUGGUUUCAAAGCACAGCUCGACAGGAGCUUUGUAGAUGCAGUUUCCUUUAUUCUUGCAUUACGAACAUUUCAGACUAGGUAACAUGAGUCUGAGUUACCGACUGCCUCUUUUCAUUGAUAAUUUGCAAUCUUGUAAUAUUAUUGCUUGACACAUUAAAAUACAAACACAAAAAAGGGAUCGUUU